CUCAACUCAUUCUUAUUAGAAACUUAGAAGCAAUAGAGUCUCUUAGGGGGGGGAUAAAAUGUCUUGGUUUCUAACAAUAUUCUUCCUCAUUAGUUUCACAUUUAGUACUCCUUCAGAGGCUAACCAUGAGAAGAAGCUUCAACCUGCUGUGGUUAUAGGCAAAGUUUACUGUGAGACAUGUUUCCAAGAUGGGUUCUCAAAAUCCAGCCACUUCAUUUCAGGGGCUUCUGUUGGUGUGGAGUGCAAAGAUCAGACUUCAUCAAAACCCAGCUUUCAAGCCCAAGUGAAGACAGAUAACCAAGGAGUGUUCAAAGUCCAAUUGCCUUUCUCAGUGAGCAAACAUGUGAAGAAAAUUGAAGGGUGUUCUGUGAAGCUGAUUCGCAGCAGCGAACCGUAUUGUGCUGUGGCCUCAGCAGCAGCUUCAUCUUCACUUCACCUCAAAUCAAGGAAGCAAGGAACUCACAUUUUCUCAGCUGGGUUUUUCACCUUCAAGCCCCUAAACCAACCCAACCUAUGUAACCAAAAACCAAGCCUCAUCCAAAACAACAAGAAGGAAGUUAUCACUAAUUCCAAGAAACUCUCAUUUUCUCCAACUGAGGAUUUGACAUUUCCCUCACCAGUUCAAGAACCCAGCUUUCCUGGUGUUCCUUCUCUCCCUAGACUUCCUUAUCUUCCACCACUACCACAACUCCCUCCUCUCCCAGGCCUUCCAGGACUCCCAGGUCUUCCAGGACUUCCAGGAAUGGGAAUUCCAACUUUACCCCUCAUCCCAGGAAAAGUAACGGAGUCCCAUUCCAAUACCAAAACUACAACUACCUCUUCAAAGACAGAGAGGCACCUAACUGAAGAAGAAAAACUAACCCGCCCAGAUUUUUUCUUCCCACCGAACCCUCUCAAUCCACCAUCAAUUUUGCCUCCAAACCCUCUUCUGCCAAGCCCACCUCCACUUAUCCCAAACCCAUUUCAGCCUCCACCAGCACCAUUGAUUCCAAAUUUGCCACCAUUGCCUAGCUUGCCACCACUACCAAGUUUAACUCCACCAUCUCCACCACCACCAUCAUUCCCAACAAUCCCUCCAUUGCCUCCAUUCCCAUUCCCACCUGUACCUCUCAUCCCUGGAAUCCCCCCUGCUUCUUCCUCGCCUUGAUUAGUGACUAUACAAAAUCUUGUAUAAGAUCUAUAAUUUUCAAAUAAUGUCUUAGCUUUCACAUGUUGGCACCGAGUUUUCUAGGUGAGUUCUUGUAUUGUUGUGCAAUUGUCAGAGCAUAUAUAUAGUAGGAUUUGUAAGGUUGUGAUCUGUAAGGACAAAGGAGCUUGUAAUGUAGUGGACACAGAAUUAUUGUACUUUGGAAUAAAACUUUCUAUGGCUCCUUAUCUAUUAGGGUCUUGUUUACUUUGUA